AUUCUGAAUGAUGGUGAAAGUGAACACUUUAAAGACUUUGACACGUUCAGACUCGUUCGGAAAUUUAAAAUAAAAACAUGUGCUCUGUGACAAUAUUGCGGAAAAUAUCGUACUAUUUAUCAAAGUAAUCAUUUUGAUUAGUGGUCAAGGUAUCAGAGGAAGAAAUUUUUCAUUUUACUGAUAAGCGGAGACAAUUUUAUUUAUAAAAGAUGUCUGUGGUGUCAUCAAGAUCGACAGCAACGACCAUAUCAUCAAUUUUGAAAGGAAAAACUGCUAGCUCCAACGUCACCAGUAAUAGAAAUCGUGUAAAUUUUCAGCUGCCCAAGAAUUUAAAAAAUAUUCUUCUAAAUUAUCAGUCUCCUAUCGAGAGAAAGUCUUAUGAAAAUCUUAUCGGCACUUUGAGGGAUGCAAAUAUCAAGGACAAUGAGUUUGUGGAGCUGCUCCAGGAAGUAAGACCUUGUAUAUCACUGCUGGGAAAUGAUCACACAUUUUUGGUGAACGCUUUGGUUAAAAUAAACUGGACAGAUCGCGGUGAGGAAGCUACUGAUGCUUACAAGGCUUUUCUAGAAGAUUUGGUUUGCGUUCAUUCUUAUCACUGUAAGCUGGUUAUUGACCAGCUGAUCUGUUUGUUCAAAGUCAGUGAUGAAGACAAGGAAUGGGAGGACGGUAAACCUAGAGAGCAAGACAUCAUUAAGCUGAAUCAUGUCCACAAUGUAAUUUUUAAAUUUUUGAAAAUUGUCCCCAUGUCAAGCACAAUAUUGGUACAGUCUUUAAGGACACUGUAUCCUUAUUAUAAAAAAUCAGCACACUCACAUCAAGUAUAUUUGUAUUUUUCAUUACAAAUAAUGGAAUACGCGCCGCAACUGAGAUCUGAAAUAAUCUCAACAAUAAUCGAAAAAUUAACAAUCCUGGAUGUCAAUGUACCGCGAACGGAAAUUGAAAAUUACCGCGAGAAAGACGAGGACGAAGAAGUAUUUAAAAUAGACUCGGUCCAAGAAACCGACAAAGCUGACUCGGAUCACCCGCUGGCGCACACUCUGGAUAUAUGCAUGGACAUACUUAUGACUUAUAUAUACGAGUACUGUCAUCCGGACGACGAAUUGGACCAGGAUAAUCUUAAAAAAAUUUACUUUGAGCUUCUACAGCCGUUUGAAAAAGUUGUUUUGCACACCCACGCCUCCCAUCACGUGCAAUUCAUCAUGUUCUACAUCUGCAGCUUCAAAACAGCCGUCGCGGAAGCUUUUCUCAAUUGGCUCUGGCAGAAAGUAUCCAAUCCAAAUGUUGCGCCCAUCAUUCGUCAGUCCGCGGUUUCUUAUAUCGCGAGUUUACUAGCACGUGGAAAUUUUAUUCCUAUCACUUUAAUAACUGGACUGUUACAAGACAUGACUAAUUGGAUUCACAGCUACAUCGCAGCCCAAGAUAGUCUCGAAAGUGCAAACAGUGACGUCAGAGCACACACGGUUUUUUAUUCAGUAUGUCAAGCUGUUUUUUACAUCGUAGGGUUUAGAAGUCGAGAGCUUGUGUCCACAAGAAAAAAUCUACUAUUUCUCCAGGGAUUAAAUUUCACAAAAAUAAUUUCCUGUCGUUUGAAUCCACUGCGUGUGUGUCUUCCGGUAGUAGUUCAGCAUUUCGCAGCAGUAACACGAACAUACCAAUUGGCCUACUGUUACUCAAUAAUGGAACACAACUCCCGAAGUAAUUUACCUGUACUACAGACAACAAACAGAUUUGUAAAAUGGCUCGAUACAUUUUUCCCAUUCGAUCCUUAUGUUUUAAUCCGAAGCUCACAAAAAAUAGACCCGAUUUAUCUGCACUAUCAAGGCUCCAGCGUCGACUUGAACCCCUCGCUGUCAACGACCGACAGUAAUGACCAAGAGAAUGACGAAGACGACGACUUUAUGGACGUUUCGUAUCCCCAAGACUCACUCAAUUAUCACCGGGACAAGUUUUCUUACAGUUCAUCUCCAGGAUUUAUACACGCGUAA